AUGCCGUCGCCGUUAGACCGCUCCCCAGAUCCGAUGAUCGCUGCAGGAAACACCGACGCAGGUAACGCAGGGACAGCCACCGACGAUGCUGGCAACGAACACUCGCCGCUUCUGUCGCCCGAUGCGGUAGACUCUGACGGUGCCGCGCGAGCUGACGCCGGCAACAGCGGCGACGUCGACGUUGAGGACAACCGCGGCCCCCAAAACGGCGCCGACCCCCACGGCGAGGAUGAGUGGCAGCGCACCAAGUCCGUUUGGUACAUGACGCUGCUCACAAUCAACCUGGCCGGCCUGCAGAUCGCGUGGUCCGUCGAGCUGUCCAACGGCUCGCCGUACCUGCUGUCCCUGGGCCUCAGCAAGUCGCUGAUGGCGCUCGUGUGGAUCGCCGGGCCGCUGUCUGGUACGCUUGUGCAGCCGUACGUGGGCAUGCUGAGCGACAACUGCCGCGUGCCGUGGGGCAAGCGCAAGCCGUUCAUGCUGGGCGGGGCGGCCGCCACCAUUGUCUCGCUGCUGUGUCUCGCAUGGGUCAAGGAGAUGGUGUCCAUGCCGCUGCACGCCAUCUUUGGUGUCGACCCGGCGUCCGACGGCGUCCGCGUGGCCAUUAUUGUGGCCGCCGUGUUGUGGGUCUACAUCCUGGACUUUGCCAUCAACACGGUGCAGGCGGCCAUCCGCGCGUUUAUUGUCGACUGCGCGCCCGCCCACCAGCAAGAGUCGGCCAACGCCAUGGCCAGCCGCAUGACGGGCAUCGGCAACAUCAUCGGCUAUGUUGCCGGCUACUUGAACCUGCCUAGCUUCCUGUGGUGGCUUGGCGGCACGCAGUUCAAGGACCUCUGCGCCAUCGCCUGUGUCUCGCUGGGCGCCACCGUGGUCCUGACCUGCGUUGUUGUCCGCGAGCGCGAUCCCCGGCUCGAGGGUCCGCCGCCCCCCAACAAGCCGGGCGUGGUCCCCUUUUUCAAGCUCAUCUUUGUAUCGAUCCGCCGCUUACCGCCGCAGAUCUACAAGGUGUGCACAGUGCAGUUCUGUGCGUGGGUGGGCUUCUUCCCGAUGCUCUUUUACACGUCGUCGUACAUUGGCGAGAUCUACGUCGAGCCGUUCCUCGAGGCGAACCCGCACAUGACACCCGAGGAGCUGGACCGGCUGUACGAGCAGGCGACACGCGUUGGCACCUUUGCCCUGCUCAUCUACUCGAUUACCAGUCUCUGCACCAACGUGUUUCUGCCCUUCUUCAUCGCACCCACCUACGAUAGCCGGCACGUCGACCAUCAGACACAGGGACAGCAGCAGGGCCGACCACAGCAGCUUUCUGUAGUCGACAGCAGUGCGACUGGCGGCGCUAGUGGACGGGACCACCACAGCGGUGAAAAGAAGACCAAGUCGUGGCUGGACUACCUUGUGAUCCCCGGGCUCACGCUGCGGCGUGCAUGGAUGCUGUCGCUGCUCCUCUUUUCCGGUAGUAUGUUCUGCACGGUGCUGGUGCGCUCUGUAGCGGCCGCCACAUUCCUCAUUGGCCUCGUCGGUAUUACAUGGGCGCUCACGCUGUGGGCGCCGUGGGCCAUUAUCAGCGCGGAGAUCAGCAAUCGCGAUGCCCAGAUCCGAGCCCGCAAGCAGGCGGCCCGUCUGGCUCGGGGUGAGGACGGUGACGUUGCUGGCGAUGCUGGCAACCACGACGAUGACGACGAUGACGACGAAGAAGUCGACCAGGCCGGCGUCAUUCUGGGUAUCCACAACAUGGCCAUUGCCGCGCCCCAAAUCAUUGCCACGGUCGGCUCCAGUAUCAUAUUCAAGUUCCUCCAGAAACCCCGCGGUACACCCGGCGACCACAGCAUUGCCGUCGUCAUGGCCCUCGGCGGUGUCACGGUACUUCUAGCCGCCUACUACGUGCAUAAGAUCCAAGACGAGCCGGACGUCGAUGCCGGCGUUGUCGGCGAUCUCGGUGCCGACGGGCCCUACUACACGGCCGUUCAUGACAACACAAUCGGCAGCGACACGGGCAGCGAGGACGGCGGCACUCUCCAGCGGCGCAUGAGCAGCGAGCAGCUGUCACGGGCCAGCCAGGACCGGGCUACUGUCGCCCGCAACUCGAGCUUCGGUGGCGGCCUCGAGUAUUAG